GUCACUAUGGGUGAAUCUGAACAGCAUGUCUUUGCACUGCGGGAGGAAACCAGAGCACCUGGCAGAAACUCACACAGAGAAUAUUCAAACUUCAUAGAGACUGAGGGGGGAUCAAACCCACAGUCUCUUGCACCACCCACAUACUGUGAGACAGCAGCACUACUUUAUGUGCUACCAUGCCACCUGUUGUUAACGUGAAGAAAUGUACAAUGUAAUCAUUUUGGUGUUUGAUAACGUCAUUAAAUUAAAUAUUUCUUGAUUCAGGUGCCAUUUAUUUAAUGUUUGAUUUUGGUUUAAGACAUGAAAGCAUUCAUUGUGAAAAAUUUGCAAUAAUGGAGAAUGGGAAAGAGGCAGAUACUUUUUCAUGGCACUGUGCGUGCCUUCAAGAAUGUUUAUUCUUGCAAACAUCCUACCAAAAUUCAGUAUUCAAAAAAAACAAAGUUUUGAGUAGUUUUAUUGCUUUCAUUGGACUGUGUUGAGAAUCAAGAAUAUCUGACUGGAGGGAACAACACACACUCAUAGCUGCAACUAGUGUUAGUUGCCAUUGUUUUAAUUUUUUCAGUGUUUUUUGGAUAUUUUUCUCAAGAAUUUACAGCAGUUGUUGUUUCGUAAUAAAAUAAAGUUGGAUACUUGAAUUGUUAUUCGUCCUGGUAACUAACACCAUACAAUUGUUCUGCUUUUCUUUUAGGCUGCUUUGUUUCCUGACAAAGAAGUCAAACCAAGACUUUCUGUGAUCUGUUUAUGAUCGGAGUAUUUUCAUCAAAUGGACAGGGUUUGCAUGUAAGACGAUAAUGGACCAAGGCGGAGGGGUGCUGGAGCUACACGCACAGGACCUGAAAAUGCCCCAUACAAUGAUAAUGCAAGAUUUCGUGGCAGGAAUGGGGAGUAUGGCCCAUAUUGAUGGUGACCACAUAGUGGUAUCAGUGCCAGAAACAGUCUUGGUAUCGGAUGUGACGGAUGAGGGAAUCACACUGGAACAUGGGCUGGAGCCUGGGGUGAUGGAGGGACCGGACAUUGGGCACGAGGAUGUGGUGACAGCAGAAGGCGUGAUUGUGCCGGAGUCUAUCCUUGGAGCGGAGGUUGCCAUUGAAGAGGCCCUGGACUCGGACGACCACGUACUCACCACUGACCUCAUUGAAGAAACCGUGCAUAUGCCUGAUCAGGUCUUUGUUGCAGACCUUAUGUCACAUCCCCAGGACAGCCACUUGGAUCACGAGAUGGUCUCUGAGGAGGUAAUGGUUACCAACUCUGAUUCAGAGACUGUCAUCCAGGCACAUGAGGGCCUGCCUGCCUCCACUGUCACCAUCAACACAGACAAUGAUGAGGAUGGCAAAAACACUUCUGAGGACUAUCUGAUGAUCUCUUUGGAUGACGUCGGGGAAAAGCUUGACAUUGGAAAUGUUCCCCUGAAGAUCAGCACUGAGAUGACUCAGGGUGAUGACCCCAAAGAGGGUGACUAUGGUUCUGAGGUCAUCAAGGUGUACAUCUUCAAAGCUCAAGCAGAUGAUGAUGUGGAUAUUGGUGGGACAGAGGUGGUGGCUGAAAGUGACUUCCACAACGGCAGUGCCGUGCUGGACUCUGGGGCUGUGGGCCUGCUGUCUAGAGAGAAGAUGGUCUACAUGACAGUGAAAGACACUGGCCAGAAGGAUGAAGACAUCAACUGUGCAGAGGUAGCUGAUGAGGUGUACAUGGAGGUGAUUGUGGGGGAGGAGGAAGCCCCCCCUGUCCAGGAGUCUCAGCUGGAGGACCCAGCAGUCAAUAAGACAUUCAUUCCUGUGGCCCUCACAGCAGCUUACGGGAAUAAACUGGAAACUAGCCUGGAAAACAAGAACGGCCUAACCCCCCAGUACCUGCAGAUCAGUGACAGCAUCAGCAGUAGCAGAGCACUCAAGCAGAAGAUGAGAAAGAAGAAGAGAGGGGAGACACGCUACUGCCAAACUGCUGUUAUUAUUGGGCCAGAUGGACAGCCCCUGACGGUGUACCCCUGCCAUAUCUGUGGCAAGAAAUUCAAAUCACGGGGGUUCCUAAAACGACACAUGAAGAACCACCCUGACCACGUUUUCAAAAAGAAGUACCAGUGCACGGACUGUGACUUUACCACAAACAAGAAGGUGAACUUCCACAAUCACAUUGAGAGCCAUAAGCUUAUCAUCAAGAACGAGAAAGUCCCAGAAUUCACGGAAUACACAAGACGCUACUGUGAGGCCAGCCCGCUUAGCCCAAACAAGCUCAUUUUGCAUGACAAGGAGCCCAAGCUGCACAAGUGCAAGUACUGUGAGUACGAGACAGCUGAACAGGGCCUCCUCAACCGCCACCUGCUGGCCGUGCACAGCAAGAACUUUGCUCAUGUGUGCGUGGAGUGCGCCAAGGGCUUCCGCCACCCGUCAGAACUCAAGAAGCACAUGAGGACGCAUACGGGUGAGAAGCCCUAUCAGUGCCAGCACUGUGAGUUCCGCUGUGCCGACCAGUCUAACCUAAAGACUCACAUCAAGUGCAAACACGGCACUGAGCUUCCCUACAAAUGCAGCCAGUGCCCCCAGGCGUUCGCAGAUGACAAGGAGCUGCAAAGGCACAUUGAGAUCUUCCAGGGCCACAAAGCGCACCAGUGUCCACACUGUGAUCACAAGAGCACCAACUCCAGUGAUCUGAAGAGGCAUAUAAUCUCAGUGCACACCAAGGACUUCCCACACAAGUGUGACGUCUGUGACAAGGGCUUCCACCGGCCCUCUGAACUUAAAAAGCAUGCAGAGACUCACAAAGGCAGUAAGGUGCACCAGUGCCGGCACUGUGACUUCAAGAUCUCUGACCCCUUCACGCUCAGCCGACACAUCCUUUCGGUUCACACGAAGGACCUGCCCUUCAAGUGCAAGCGCUGCAAGCGAGGUUUCCGCCACCAGAAUGAACUGAAGAAGCACAUGAAGACGCACAGUGGCCGCAAGGUAUACCAGUGCCAGUACUGCGAAUACAACACUACAGACGCAUCGGGCUUCAAACGGCACGUCAUUUCCAUUCAUACCAAGGACUACCCCCACCGGUGUGACUACUGCAAGAAGGGCUUCCGUAGGCCCUCAGAGAAAAACCAGCACAUAAUGAGGCACCACAAAGACACCUUGCUGUAAUAUCACCUGGCUUGCCUUCUGUUCGUACAGUCCCAGUCAUUUUAGGGAUGCCCUGGGUGGGGAGGGCUUUGUGCAGAGGAAAUGCACUAAUGGAUGCAUAAAACUGUCCUCCAUAGUGCUGAUUUGUCCUUUCCUUCAUAUUGGCAAAUAGGGUCUUACACAUGGAUGUAUUCAGCAUCAGCAAAGUGCGGUGAGCAGGAGGGUGGAUAAGGACUGUUACUCCAGUUUUCAUGUGUCAUCCUCCAUUUGCUGCAAAAGAAUGUUCAGACAUUCAGGGGUUAAACUUUUUUUUUUUUUUGUAAUGCCCACUUUUUAUACCCACUUUGUUGAAAUGCUGCAAGCGAAUAAUGUUCUCAAUAUUGGGAGUGGUGCUUAGAAUAUGCCUCACUGUAUCCUGUGAGUUAUUCUUAUUAGUAAAAAUUGUAUUAGUGUGCUGCUUUGUCAUCCUCAGUAAAUAUAUAUAUAUAUAUAUAUAAUAUAUAUUUUUUUACCAACCAGUUAACCUUUGUAUUGACAAGCAUCAUCUUAGUUUUCCCCCAGUUGUUAAUAUAAUGGUAGUAUCUUCAGCCCAUUUGUGUUGUGAAAAUGAAUUGCUAUGGAACGUUUACAUACAUAUGCACCUUGACAUAAUUGAACAGACAAAAAAAUUGACCUGAUUUUUAUAAAGUUCCCAUUUUAUGUAUAUAUGAACUUUAGAUGUAAAAUUACCCUUUUCGGUUUCUCUCCACUUGAAUUAGACUCAUGAUUGGUAUUAUUAAUGUUAAUAUUAAUUAUGAAUGCCACCACUAUGCUUGAGACUUACUUGUGUGAGUGUGUGUGUGUGAGACUAAAUGUAACUGACUGAAUUUGCACACAAAAAUAGCCAACUAUUUCAAGAUUCAGUUCACAAUCAUGCCUUACAUGUAUUUUAAUUGUUCAUAGUAAACUAUAAGCAACAGUUUAAAUGCAAGAUGUGUUGCGUAAGUAUUUCUGUUAACGACUCUCUUUACAUUGUUUGCUCAGCCCACAUAUGACGGGGCACUGUAUGACGAAAAACCAUUCUAGUGGCUUAUGGAAAUGCGUAGUUCUUCAUACUUUUUUCAAUACAACAGGCUUAUUAUUUGGUACCACAGCAUUUUACUUAAGUAGCAGGUUUUUUUUUUUUUUUUAUGUAUAAAGGCUUCUAUGAGAUAUCUUGGG